UAAUUGCGUUGGUCGAUGACAAUUCUCAUUUCAAGCCAAACGCUUGGUAGGUAAAGACUGUCGGAGCUAAUUCUAGACAAAAUGUCUCAAAAUAACCGAAGAAACAGAGGGCCAACCCCCACCGGAUCAACGAAAGCCUCAAAGAUCCGGGAGAUGGCAUCGGCCUUGGAUUAUGCCAGCCAUGCUAUUCGAAGCUUGAAUAAAGAACUCAGGAAACUUGGGGCAGAGAACGAUGUCCUGGAAACUGAUGUAAAGGACGGAAAUCAGGCUCUAACGGAGAACCAAAAGAAUGUUGAACUCAUUCUCAAAAAGCAGGAUAAAAGCAAGAAACAGGCUAAGCUGCAAGAGCUAAAGCUGCAGAGAGUCUUCGUGAGGCAUUUACUGAAUGGCUUGCUUGAGAAGGUUUUGGCUAUGUCGGCCCCAGCACUUGCCGAAAGAGAACAAAAGGAUCUCCAGUCAUUCUGUGAUAGAAUAAAUAAGGAAAAGGAGGCGAUGACAGCACUGCUUGCUGAACAGACAAAAAAGGAGGAAGCAAAAAUCGCCUUCUUCGCUGAACUCAAGAGACAACUUGAGCAGGCUAAAAUCAGUUCAAAAAAAUGCACUGCUGAGAGCCAAACUUCCUCCCCAUCCACAACAAGCAUGGGGACUGAAUGCACUACUGAAUGCGCCGAAGUUGAUGUCCAGACCACUAGUGAGGUGACAAUGGUGUCAGCUGAGACACAAACGGAUGCUGUACCAGAGAGGCGUCCAAACCGUGCAGUUCGUGCUUGGCAGAGCUUCAGAGAGAACCUACGCGGCCUACGAAACCGCCUCCUGCAUAACUCUACUGCAACCUAAAGGGCCUCCAUUGGUAGUGAGCACACCCUGAAAAACACCCUACAACAACUAUUGUACUCAAUCAAAUACUCUUUAGGGUGCUAGCUACCACAAAAAGCAUACCAUUUCAAUUAUGAAAAAGUAUUUUACCUCAUGAACUAAAAUUUCCUUCUACAUACAGUACAACAGAGACAUUUUAAUAAUAAGGUUUUGAAUAAGUGUUACUACUGCAUCUAUAGAUGAUUUUUUCUUUACACUUCACAUAUUAUUUUCUGAAAUUCAUAGGAUGAAUGUAAAUCAUCACCAUAGGCAAAGACUAAGUCAAAGUCAGGGCAUUCUUACUGAGGACAUCUAGCACACAAGAAACAUCCUGCAAGUGCCCCGGUGAGGGGUAGGGGCGGGAUGGUAUUCCGCGUAACCAUGUGUUUACACGUGGGCCCCAAUAUACGGGCUACUAGCAGGAGCACAAGAAUGUGCUAGAUGCUCUCAUUGAACCACAGAAUAAAACAUCAAAACACCUAUACAGACUAUUUCUCGUGAUGUCCCAAGGAUAGAAAAACAUAGCUUAUGCAUAAUUGAGAACCCCCCGUAUGUUUAAAAUUGGUAGUGCUGACAGUAUUAGGCUAAUGCUUGAUAGCUUAAGCACUUUUUAUCUGUACUUGUAUUGAAUUUUACUAGCUUCAACCUUCAACCACAGAGAAAACUACCAACAAGCAGACUUUUUUUUUACAUGUGCAUCAUCGCUAAAGCUAACAUCCAUCAAAUAAUUAUGCUCGGCCUGAACAAACCUCUAAGUGUGUUUUUACAUACAUACAUACAUAAACUUUAUUUAAGUGUCAAAAGUGUUUAGCUAAAAAAGCUAAUUGUGGACACUAUAAAAAAUAAAUAGUCAGAUAAUUAAUAAAUAAUAUGAUUUAGAAUCUAAUCUAGCUAUAUUUAAAAUAUUAAAAAUAUUAUAGAAAACUAUACGUAUUAUACAUAUUAAUAUAAUAUAUUAUAUACACAAACACUAUAUAGACGAACUAUCACAGGCGUAGAUACAAGUAAACAGACAUGUGUAUACAAAUAGACACAAGAACAAACAAACAAACAAACAAGCAA